AUGGCUGGCUUCUGGACAGUUCUGGAGACGCACAGACUACUCAUGGAGCCUCAGACACUGGGAUCUCAGUCUGUCGAGGUUCUGUCCCCCUUUGCCACCCCCACCCCCUCCCCUCCCGGGUCACCCCCGCUCACCAUCUUGCUCUGGACGUGGCCCUUCCACACGCCUGUCGCCCUGAGCAACUGCUCCGAGCUCCUCGGAGUCCCCGACUGCCACAUCACUGCCAACAGGGCCUGGUAUCCGCGGGCCGACGCUGUCAUCCUGCACCACCGUGAUAUCAGCUAUGGAACUGGGGCUAUGCCCGCGGGGGCCCGGCCAGUGCGUCAGGGCUGGGUCUGGUUCAACCUGGAGUCACCCAGUAACAGCCCCAACCUGGGCCUCAUGAAUUAUCGCUUCAACCUGACCAUGUCCUACCGGCAAGACUCAGACAUCUUCACACCCUACGGCUGGCUGGAGCCACUGGGGAAGCCGGGUAAUGUGGCAGUUCCCCCCAGGACCAAGUUGGUGGCGUGGACUGUGAGCAACUGGAACCCGAAUUCCGUGCGGGUUCCCUACUACCAGGAGCUGCAGAAACACCUGCACGUGGAUGUAUAUGGGGCCCGGCACCUGGCCCUGCCCUGCGCUCACUAUCUGCCCAUCCUGUCCCAGUACAAGUUCUACCUGGCAUUCGAGAACUCCCUGCAUGAGGACUACAUCACUGAGAAGCUGUGGUACAACGCUCUAAGUGCCGGGGCAGUGCCAGUGGUCUGCGCCCCCCCCACCCGGCACAACUAUGAGCAUUUCCUGCCACCCGAUGCCUUCAUCCACAUCAAUGAUUUCCCCAAUGCCAGUGAGCUGGCCCGCCACCUGCGGGCAAUGGACCGAGAUGAGGUGCGCUACCGGGCUUACUUCCGUUGGCGGGAGCAGUUCCAGGUCGUCGGCAACGUUUCCUGGAACACCCACUUCUGCAAGGCAUGUCGGGCCCUACGAGAGACCAGCACUUACCGGACAGUGCCCAACCUGGCCGGCUGGUUCUUGUCCUCUUCCGGGUGGUAG